AGUUCAACUCGUUCAGUCCGCCGCGAGCAGUUGUAGGGGAUACAUUGUUGCUUGAUACGCGCUAUCGCAACGACAGUUUUUUAAAUACUAUUUUAAUAAUUGAAUAAUAAUAAUUGUAUCUAUAAAACGUGCUACUGUAAAUUUAGAUAAGUGCUUUGUAAAUUAAUUAUAAGUGUAAUAAGUGGUCUUCGCGUUGCCCGCGACUCUUCCUUGGUAAAAUCGCUGAAGUGUAAAGAGACAAAAUGAACGGCUUAAACGGUCACACAAACGGCGAGAUGAACGGCGCCGGCGACAUCAUCACACAGAACCAACAGCGUGGCUGGUGGACUAUCGGCCUGAUCAACUCGCGAUACCGGUACCUCACCGCGGAGACCUUUGGCUUCAAGAUCAACGCCAACGGCACCAGCUUGAAGAAGAAGCAGAUUUGGACCUUGGAGCCCGCCUCGGGGAGCGCUAACGACAGCAUGAUCUACCUUCGCUCCCACCUGGACAAGUACCUUGCCGUGGACUCAUUCGGGAACGUCACCUGUGAAGCUGAUGAGAAGGAGCCCGGCAGCAAGUUUCAAAUCAGUGUCUCUGACGAUGCUUCUGGUCGUUGGGCGCUGCGCAACGUGGAGAGAGGCUAUUUCCUCGGCUCCAGUUCAGACAAGUUGACCUGCACUGCGAAGGUUCCAGGAGAUGCAGAACUUUGGCACGUACAUUUGGCUGCCAGACCACAGGUAAACCUGCGGUCGAUCGGCCGUAAGCGAUUCGCUCAUUUGUCCGAAAGCCUGGACGAGAUUCACGUCGACGCCAAUGUUCCAUGGGGUGAAGACACCCUCUUCACAUUGGAAUUCCGCGCUGAUGAGGGUGGCAAGUACGCCUUGCACACCUGCAACAACAAGUACCUCAGCGCACCUGGAAAGCUGCUGGACUCGUGCAGUGCGUCGUGCCUGUUCAGCGCGGAGUACCACGCGGGAGCCCUGGCGCUCCGGGACGCCGAGGGGGCUUACUUGGCGCCCAUCGGGUCCAAGGCCGUGCUCAAGACGCGCUCUACUGCCGUCACCCGCGACGAGCUCUUCUCGCUCGAAGACAGCCUGCCGCAGGCCGCCUUCGUGGCUGCCCUCAACGACAAAUAUGUCUCAGUUAAACAGGGCGUCGACGUGACGGCUAACCAAGACGAGAUUUCCUCGCACGAGACCUUCCAGCUGGAGUUCGAUUGGGCGACGAAGCGCUGGUACAUCCGAACUAUGCAGGACCGCUACUGGACUCUCGAGACCGGAGGCGGAAUACAGGCCAGCGGAGACAACAAGUCUUCGAACGCGCUGUUCGAGCUGGAGUGGCAAGGAGGUGGCUCCGUGGCCUUCCGCGCCAACAACGGCAAGUACAUCACGACCAAGAGAUCGGGACAUCUCUACGCCAACACGGAUACCGUCGAAGACAACUGCAAAUAUUACUUCUACCUCAUCAACAGGCCGAUCCUGGUGCUGAAGUGCGAGCAAGGCUUCGUGGGUCCGAAGGGAGUGCGCAUGGAGUGCAACAAAGCCAACUACGAGACCAUUCAGGUGGUGCGGGGACCCAAGGGAGCGGUCUACUUCAAAGGUUCUAACAACAAGUACUGGCACGCGGACAGCGAGGCCGUCACCUGCGAUGCGGACGCGCCACAGGGCUUCCACCUCGAGCUGCGCGAGCCGACCCGUUUGGCGAUCCGGUCCGCGGAAGACGGGCGCUACCUGGCGGCCGUUAAGAACGGCAACUUCCGCCUCGCCUCCGCCGAGCUCUCCUCCGCCACGCAGUGGGAGUACUAAGCGCCCGCCUGACUCCCGGCCCCCGCCGGGGGAUCGCGAGGGAUCCUUUUGCGGGAGCGACGAAACCUUAUAUUCUUGGAAGUGUUUUUAUUCUUUGUCGAUACUCGAAAACUGCGUGUAAAAUAUUAAUUAACGUUUUCAAACGUCAAAAUACUCUUCCGAUAGCUAUUUAAAUCUAAAUUAUUGAAUAUUACGUUAACGCGAGGCGCGAAACUUAAUUUAAUUUCGAAGUACGGGUGCGCGGCCGAACGAGCCGAACGGCCGAUUUGCAAAACAAUCCGCUGUGUCUGGGGAAGUUAAGAGUGAAACGGGAAUGGCGGCGAUGCGGGCGGCAUCGUCGUUUCGCAUUUCUCUAAGAAGUAAACUGAGCGCCUCUGCCCGGAUGCAUUUAGUAUGAUUAAGGUAUAUUUAUCGCAGAUUUGCGAAUGUGAUCGUAUGGAAAUAUCGCUUGUCUAAUUUUAUUAUUAUAAUUAUAGAAUAUUUUAUCGCUAGAUCUGCCUUCGGGAUCGCUUACGAAUUAUUUUUGUUACGGGACGCUUAAUUUAUAUUUGUGAAUUCGGGAUCACACAUCCGAGAGUGGGCCCUCGUCUAUCGGACGGUCCGAGCUGCUCCGGCGCACGAAGUCUGUCGUGACGUGUGUAAUUAGUUAAGUUAACGUAAGCGACGUCGUAGAUUAAGACAACCGCUCCGAGAGGAGAGGUCCAUUCCAAAUUUUUUACACGUAUUUUAGCCGAUGCGAGACGUUAUGGAAUCUGAAUAUACGAUGUGAAUUACACUGAUCCUACAUUUAAAAUAUUUGUACGAUAAUGUCUUUUGUAAACUAUUAAGUGAAUAAUAAAUUAUAAUCAUUU